AUGGGAUUAGCAGAAAUAAACAGAAAAUUGGCCAUUAUUGGCGAUUUCUUUUUAAAUUGGGGCGGAUCGAUGAUUGUGAGUUUAAUGAUUGCUAGUAUAUACUACUCUUGUGUUCACGUUAUAGCCGAUAUGAUGUACACAGAAAAGGAAAUCGAAGUAUUAACAAUAGUAGCGAACGUCAUUGUCAUUCAAAUUAUUAUCAAUUUAAUUUGUUUUAUAUAUUAUUCAAAGUAUAAUAGCGUGACAUAUUGGCAUCGUAGAUCAUGCGUUGCUGAUUUAAGAUCAUAUGCUGAAGAAGCUGAAGAACAGGAAGUUUUCGAAUUUGUCACUGGACAGCCGACAGUUGAAGAACACCUUAGUUAUAUUCCAACAGAUGAAAGUGGAAGCAAAUUUUGUAUCACCUGCAAUCGGCAAGCUCCGCAAAGGAGUCAUCAUUGCCCACUUUGCAAGAUGUGUGUUCUGCGAAAAGAUCAUCAUUGUUUUGUAACCGGUGCUUGUGUUGGACUAGGAAACCAGAGAUAUUUUAUGGUUUUCCUAUUUUGGUGCUCACUUGGGAUUCUAAUCGCCGUUCCACAUCUUUGGUUCUACAUGAACGAAGAAAUCGCAUAUUGGUACCCAUAUGGAUUUCUCAAUUUUGUUGGACCCGUUGCGGUGGUCAAAUGGAUGCUUGGAUAUUCACCAUUUUCUCAUGCAGUUAUGUCCACAAUAUUCUCAUUUUCAAUUGCCGCUUUAAUAACUGCAGGCGGAUUUUUAGGAAUGCAGUUGUAUUAUACGGUUCAUGGCUACACCAUGUAUGAGUAUCACAAUUUGACGGUUCGUGCAACAUUUAACGGCGACGGCGAAAAUACUGGGGAACGAUUUCGCCUUGUUUUUGGCAAAAACUGGUUUCUCAAUUUUCUGUUCCCUCAGCCGUGGAAUAUGCCGAUCCUAACACCAGCAAUAUCCGAUAGUCUCUUCCGUGUGCGAAGCAAAGUCUUGUGA